GGAAAAAUUAAUCCACUGCUGUAAUAAAUCUAUGUCUGUGUGUGUAUCUGACAGCAGGCCCUUUGCCUUCUGACUGAAAUGGUUUACAGAUAGCCUGUAGGUUGUUUCCUCUAGGAUAACUGCCAGUAUCAACAAAAUUAUUGUUUGGAGAUAAGGGUGCAGGUGUUCGGGUGAGAAAACUUGGGGAGGCUGCCUCCCAUGGGGAAAAGUGCCGGCCGCCCACGAGUUUCCAAUUAAAAUUAUUAGGGAGUAAAGAUUCGCUCUUUCCUUAAAUUGUGCAAUACUGGCAGCUGGCAGUGGCAAAAAGAGGGAUGGGUUAAGGGCAUGAACUGACCCCAGCUCAGAGGGUAUAAAAGAUUGUAUUAUCUGACAGUAAGUUCAGAGGGCUUCCGGAACCUCUCUCAGUGUUUUGACCUGUAUUAAACAGAAUAAACAUUUUACUUUUUGGCAUCUGAAGACUUGGCUCCUGGAUUCCUUUAUGAUUCUAUGGUGAGACUUAGAUAUUUUCAGACCUAGAACUUAGAAUUAAAUUACAAGUGUUAAUACAUAGAGUGAUCAGGUUAAACAUAGAUCUUACGUAGUGGGGCAACUGGCCCCCCACUACAAUUGGCGAGCCAGCCAGGAGGAAGCGGGGACGACUGGAGACCCCAGCGGCUUGGGGAGGCUUGGAAAUCAUCCAAAGGGCCCAAAAUAAGCCACCAGAAGGUGAGAAAAAUUCUUUUUUGAUUCCAAAUUAUUUUGGGUGAUUUUUGACCUCGUGCCUGAGCUACUGGGCCACCAGUACGGUCAAAUUGCUUUCAAAAAACCUAGAAGCGUUAUAGAAAUAAUAAAAUUGAUAAAGUAAAUAUAAUUAAAAGAAAGAACCUGUGAUUCCAGGAGUCAGGCCUCGGAGUGCAAGUAUGUAUGUCCUGUUUGUGUUUGUCUGUUUGUGUUGUUGAAAAGAAGUGUUGAAACUGAGUUAAAAUUUACCUACUGCGUGGCAGACGUCAGUUGCUACGGUUAUCCUAGCAAUGCCAGUUGACAGAGCUCUGAUCAAAUGAGGGUCAGAGGGUUAAAAGAGAGUCAGUUGCAUUAAACAUGAAAUAUGCAAGAUUUUGAACUCCGUUACAGCAUAAAAAAAAGCUGCUUGCUAUGUAAAGGUAUAGUGGAGUAAUGGCAUGUAUUGCAGACACUGGAGUCACACUCCCUUUGUAUUUGUGUUGUAAUCUGAGCUGCUCUGUUCACACUGCAUGUGAGCUUCUCCCUUUGAACCUGUUGACCCUCCAUUGCCUUAAUAGAGUGACCUACCAUACUGCAUUGCAAAAGUGACAGUGCAGUCCAGCGUUCAGUCGGUGCCAUAAAAGAUUUUAAAAACAUGGCGUUUCAUUCGUUAUUCAGUUCAUUUCUAUGCAGGUGUUUGAUUUUAGCCCAGUGUGAGAGCCUCUACUGUUGCCUUAAGGUUCUCCUUCUACUUCUCAACUCAUGUCUUUUCUGCUUCAGUCUUUGGGUGUCUGUUUGAACAUGCUGCAUAACGUAACAUUCUGUGCAACAACAAAGAAAACAUUAUUGUUUACAAUCUACUGAUUUCCUACAUUAACAUUAACUCCCAUGGUUCAAGUACCUCAAUAGAAGUUUGCUUUGGAUAGAUAGUUAUAUUAUUUUUCUCACAGUUUAAAAUAUGUCCUGUAAUACUGCAAAAAAUGUUGCCUAAAAAUAUUGAGAAUACUACUUAAUAAUUGCAAAUAUGAAACCUUCUGAAAGGCCUGCAUUCACUGUGGAAGCAUUUGUGCUCUGGCAAACUCUGCUGGUCACAUACCAUCCUACAGCAGGCAGUUUUCACUUUGUUUCUCUUUGUAGGGGUUUCGUGUCUUUAUAUUGUCAUUUUUGUGUCUCCUUCCAUUGAAUUUUGCAGAACUUUAAAGCAGGCGUUGCAAUCAGUUAAAAACAAACUGCACCUGACGUUUCACACUGAAGAUGCAGAGAAGCUCUUAGACUCUUAUGUUAUUCAUUUCUUGUUUUUUUAUUCUGUUCUUGUAAUUAAAUCUAAGCUGUAAAAUUAAGGACAAGUAUAUAGACAUAUAUUGGAUCAGGUUUUGUUAGCAGAUAAUAAAUAUGAUGAGCAUUGUACAUUUUGGGGUUAAAACCAUUACUAGGUUAUGAAGACUUUAAAUUUGGCUCUCUGACAUUAAAACCAAGAAAUGUGAACACCUAUUUCAUACAUAGGAACAGGUUGUCCUAUACUGGUAUGUAUGUUUGAACUGGUUUUUAAAUCUCAAAAUAGAUGAUGUUUUGUCUUACAGAGAGGAACUAAAACAGGUCUUGUGCCGCUUCAUCACAUCCAUCCAUCCUCUAUACACCGCUUUAUCCUCAUUAGGGUUGCGGGGGGUGCUGGAGCCUAUCCCAGCUGACAUGAGCAAAGACAGGGGACACCCUGGACAGGUCACCGGUCUGUCACAGGGCUACAUAUACAGACAGACAAGCACACUCACAUUCACACCUACGGGCAAUUUAGAGUAAUCAAUUAACCUCAGCAUAUUUUUGGACUGUGGGAGGAAGCCGGAGUACCCGGAGAAAACCCAUGCAUGCACAGGGAGAACAUGCAAACUCCAUGCAGAAAGAUCCCAGGCCCGCCCCAGGAUUCGAACCGGGAUCUUCUUGCUGCAAGGCGAAAGUGCUAACCACUACGCCGCUGUGCAGACCCGCUUCAUCACAGAUCCUCUCAAUUACAUCGACACAAUGAGAAAAUUCUGUCAUAUGUUCCCAAAAUGGGAGACAUCGAGAAAGACGGAGUUAGAAAUGAUGAUGGACAUCAAAGGCAGGGCAGACAAAAUUGACCUUGACAUCAGCCAUGUUACUAAGUCGGAGGACAAAGGUGAGGCUUUUGUGGAAUAUUUAAAGAGCAAGGUAACCCUAAAUGAUGACGAAAGGUGUGCAGAGCUAGAGAAGGAGCUGGAUGAAGUGUUGAAGGACACUCUGGGAGGUUUGAAGAAGCUUGACUGUUUCCUGGAUGCAGUGGAGAAGCUGGCGGUCACCUCACUGCAUGUGUUCAUGAAGAAUCAGGUGUUGCACCUGCCCGAAGAGAUCAGCUUUGAAUAUGUUCAGGUCAUCAUCGGUGCUGCACAGCAGAUCUGCCCUCUCCCUGAGUUUAAAAGAGACGCAAACGUCUUCUUCCUUCCCAAACUUCAGAAUGUGGAAGUGCUGGCAAAUCAGCUGGACAGAUACAUACAGAUCACCAAAACCAUGUGUGAGAAGCUGGACAAAAGCUGUUUCAGUGACUUUCGUAUGAAAAAGACCAUAAAAACUGUGGUGAAACUCCAUGUGGAUUUGACUGAAGACGACCUACAAAGGAUGCUUGAUAACAUCAAUCAGCUUGAGGAAAUCAGAUACGUUUUACCCAGGAAUGUGUUUUGAUCCCAAAUAUGUCAGCACACUCAGGCAAAGUCUUCUAAAGACUUAUUGACACAUACUGUCAAACUGCAUAAAAAUGUGCAGUACAUAAAGUGUUUGUUAAAAUUCUGCUCUGCA